ACCUACACGCAGUGGUGUAUUCCAAAUGACAGCUCAACCUGGCUAGCCUCCAUGCCCGAGCAGACUGCUACAACCACGGAAAGCAAGACUUUUAAACAAGAACUCUGCGCUUUAUUUGUGCCGUUAUAGUCUAAUUUUAAACUAUUAAUCACCAACAUGUCUGCUCCUAAGAAGGGAGACUUGUCUCCAAGCGAGAAGGAGUUGUUUGAGGUUAUUACUGCAGGAAAUGUUCAAGAGGCCUCGAGGCUGCUGGGCUGUAAGGAUGUUCGAGUCAACUGCUUGGAUGAGUAUGGGAUGACUCCUCUCAUGCACGCUGCUUACAAAGGAAAAGCAGACAUGUGCAAGUUGCUGCUGCAACACGGCGCGGACGUGAAUUGCAAUGAACAUGAGCACGGAUACACAGCGCUGAUGUUUGCUGGCCUGUCAGGUAAGACUGAUAUCACGUGGAUGAUGUUGGACGCCGGAGCGGAAACCGACGUGGUUAACUCCGUUGGAAGGACCGCCUCACAGAUGGCUGCCUUUGUCGGGCAGCACGACUGUGUCACCGUGAUCAACAACUUCUUCUCCCGUGCCAGACUGGAUUACUACACCAAGCCCCAGGGUUUGGAGAAGGAACCCAAGCUGCCGCCCAAACUGGCCGGACCCCUCCACAAGGUCAUCAUGAGCACCAACCUGAACCCCGUCAAGAUGGUGAUGCUGGUGAAGGAGAACCCGCUGUUGGCGGAGGUGGAGGCUCUUGAGAAAUGCCGCCGGGUGAUGGAGCUCAUCUGUGAGAAGUGCAUCAAGCAGCAGGACAUGAACGAGGUGCUGGCCAUGAAGAUGCACUACAUCAGCUGCGUGCUGGGAAAGUGUGCGUCCUUCCUCAAGGACCGCGAGGACAAGCUGGACGGCCUCAUCAAGAGUUUGCUGAAGGGUCGGGACAGCGAUGGCUUCCCCGUGUACCAGGAGAAGUUUCUCAGAGAGUGCAUUCGCAAGUUCCCUUACUGUGAUGCUACUCUGCUGCAGCAGCUGGUGCGGAGUAUCGCCCCUGUGGAGAUUGGCAACGACCCCACAGCCCUGUCAGUGCUGACUCAGGCCAUCACAGGUCAGGUCGGCUUCAUGGACGCAGAGUUUUGUGCCUCCUGUGGAGAGAAGGGAGCCGAGAAGAGGUGCUCCGUCUGUAAAAUGGUGAUCUACUGUGACCAGGCCUGCCAAAAGAUGCAGUGGUUCACCCACAAGAGAGUUUGCAAGAAGCUCCAAGAGCAGAGAGAAAAGCAGGAGGCAGAAUCAGCCAAACUGAGGAUGCAGCAGAGCCAAGAGGAGAGUGAAGCCGUGCAGGAGGCCACAGACUCCAUGCAGGAGCUCUCAGUGGAAACUGACAGUGAGGCCGCCCCCUCAGAAACCUCAAACCCCUCUUCCAUCCUAGCUGCUGACAACUGAGGAACGUCUGACGGUCAGCGACCAGAAUACAUCCAUAAACAGACAUCCACAGACGGUGCAAACUGGCACUGAGACUGAAAGCCAGACAAGGACUGGUCCAGCAGGAGAUAAGAACCCAUAUUUAUUACCGACCUGAGACUGUCACAAAGGCAGGGAGACACUAACGCAUACGAGGAAGGUUUGUGCCCCAGCGGUCGUCUUUUUUUUGUCAUUUUUAUAUGUUAAUUUUUCACAUUAUAUUGUCAUAUGUAAAUGUGAAAAUUGCGUACGCUGAUGUGGUAGAGGUCACUGGGAGGGGGUGGGGACAUGUGAAGAGCUAAUGGUUCACAUCAAUGGCCAUGCUUCCAUUCACAUGUUUUUAAUGCUCCUUUUGAAGCAUCGCUUUAGAAAAAAAUGUGUGGAAAUUCAAUUAAACUUCCCAAUUAAGCAAAACAGUUUUUUAUGUUCGCCUGAGGUGGUUUUGCCUUUGGCGCAAAAGAGUUGAUGCACUAAAUGGGAUAUGGAAACGCCUUUGCCGAAAAAGUUCUGCCGUAGCGAACAUUUAACUAACAUGACUGAUCGGCUGCUUCUGCUGUCGGCGUCUUCACGGAUAUUCCCAUAACGUGUCUUCUUCUCCAGACAACCUGAAACAUGGUCGAUACCAGCUGACAUGAAAGAACAAAUAAAAUUUUCCCAAUUAAACCAAA